GUGACGAAGCGGAAGUGACGAGCAUAAGGUGGGGAGCGUGUGGACGCUGGGACCUGGUUGAGGAGGUGGAGUAGCUUGAGGGACGACGGGGUUUGGAUUUGAGCGGGAAAGCGUCGCAGGAUGCAGCUGGACCUUCUUCUCAGGAAAUCGAUACUUUAUCAACAUGGAGAUUAAUCAUUUGUACUUAGGAUCAGCAGAACUGGGGACUGAUCACCUGUUGAGAAUUUUAUAAACCAGUCACACACAUUCUUAUUCCAUUGCUCUCGUCCCCCAUUUUACCUUCAGAGUUGUCCUACCUAUGGCAUUCAGGAGACAAGUGAAAAACUUUGUGAAAAAUUAUUCAGAUGCUGAAAUAAAAGUCAGGGAAGCAACGUCUAAUGACCCCUGGGGUCCCUCCAGUUCUCUGAUGCUAGAUAUCAGUGACUUGACUUUCAACACCAUUUCUCGCUCAGAGAUUAUGAGUAUACUAUGGCAAAGGCUAAGUGACCAUGGGAAAAACUGGCGCCAUGUAUAUAAAUCCCUCACCUUGAUGGAUUAUCUCAUCAAGAAUGGAUCAAAGACAGUUAUUCAGCAUUGCAGAGAGGGUUUCUCUAACCUUCAAAUGCUAAAAGACUUUCAACACAUAGACGAAGCUGGAAAAGACCAAGGUUAUCAUAUCCGGGAAAAGUCUAAGCAAGUUAUAACAUUGCUGAUGGAUGAACAGUUGCUGCAUAAAGAGAGGGAAGUGGCAUGUCGGACUAGACGGCGUACCUCCUAUUCCAUGGCACUUCCCAAAAGAAUACCUGGUACAGGUAACUCACCAACAGCGUGUGCUUCUGCCCCCACACCAGAAAGUCCUGCUUCAGAGAAGAAGCGUAAGCUUCUUAAGAUUGCCAGGCUACGUAAUAAAGAAAACGCUUCCAAGGCAAGACUGAAACAAGACCAGUGCCAAGACAUUCCGUUGCCUGGGGAAACCAUGUUGUCCCAGGAAACCCUAAUACCUCCAAAGGGGAAUGCUUGGAAAUCAACAGACGACCUGAUUCUAUUUUAUGAUGAGGAUCCAAAGCCAUCUUUGCCAAUAAUACCUCCUUCUGUUCUCUCUCCAACUACGUGGUUGUCAGAUGGGGAAGUGGAAGCGUCUAACCUCUGCGAUGCAGCUCUUAUUUGUUACUUUACAGAUGCUAUGCCUACCUCCACAGAAAAAAGUCCCUCUCUGCAGACAAAUGUGAGUUUGGACAAGGAAUCAGAGAAUACUAUUUUAAACACAGUAGUAGAAAACCCCUUGCAGACACCUCAGGGAAAGCAAGAAACCAUAAAAAGUGUUGAAAUGUUGACAACUUUACCAGCAUGUUGGUCAUCGAGUAAAGAAGAAUUUAUCAGCCCCAAUUUAAGGACAUCAAAGUCAGAGUCUGCUUUCUAUAACCAGUCUUCUGUAGAGACACUCUAUGUCUCUGCCUCUUUCAAAACAGACCUUCAGAAGCCAACACAAGCCAGCACUGUUCAGAUGGAUAAUGAAGAGCUUAAGACCUUAACCACAUGGGUUUCAACUGCCUCCGAGGUACCAUCUUCCUUUUCUGCUUCCUCCAAGUCACCUUCUGAUGCGGCAUCUCCGGAGAAGCCAGUUCUCCACUUACCCCUGGUUCUGCCCAGGCCUUCCUUCUGGGCUCUGCCACAUCCACAGUGGUCUUCUGGCUCCAUUAAGCAUAGAGAUAAGUCAGCCAGGGCCCGCCACCCCUUCGCUCCUAGUGGCCCAGGGUCUUCUGAUGAAGAAGAAAAUGACAAUCUCAACCUGCUGGAAAUUCUGCCAGAUAACUCUGAUUCUGCUAAAAAUCAAACAAGUCAUAUUUCCAGCAGUAACUGGGUAGCUUUUCCCACUGAAAAUGUAGACAACAUUCCCUCCACAUCCUGCUCUAGUUUUCAGGCAACCCAAGGGAACCUGCCUAGGGAGCCUGAAGCAAACAAUUCCAUUAACAUUCUUCUAGGGGAGGUAAAGAGCGCAAUAGUAAGACUCCACGAAGAUCUGAGCACAGUGAUACAGGAGCUUAGCGUCAUCAGUAGCCACCUGGUAAGCAUGAGCAGGAGUAUUCUGCAAGUCAGCAAACCUUCGUAGCUUCUCAGUCUGCUCAAACCUAACAACUUCAAUAGCCAUUUUGAUAGAAUUCUUAUGCUUCACUUCUGAAAACACUUAAGAAGUUAACAUUUUAUAGAUUCUCAUUACUAUGGGGAAGGGGUGGUAGUGUAAUUUUCCUUGUCAGAUUUAUUAACGAGUACCUUUCAGCCAGGCAUGGUGGUACACACCUGUAGUUCCAGCACUCUGGGAGGCUAAAACAGGAGGAUCACAAGCUCAAGGUCACCCUGGGUGACUUAGUGAGAGCCUGUCUCAGAAUUGUAAAAAUAAAUAAAAGGGGCUGGAGAUGUAAUUCAAUACAAAGGCCCAGAGUUCAUUUGUCAGCGUGAGGAAUUUCAAAUUAGUAAAGUCAUUUGUGUGAUUUAUUUUCCAAAGAAGAGUCACAUUUGAUAAUUUCCAAUUUGUAUGUUCAUUUGAAACUGAAGAGAAUGUCAUUCUUCCAUGCUUUGUGUUGUCCCUCAUCAUGGCAUUAAACGUUAGUGAAAGAUGAGCCAAGACUUCAAACUGCAAGUAACUCAGAGCUGCAGGCCAAGUGAGCAAGAAGCCCUUUCUUGUUCGGCUGUCUGGAGCUUCAGCGCUAACAAACCUCUGCCUUGGCUUAGGCGGUUUGAGUUUGGAGCAUUGGUUUCAUGUGUUCUCUUGGAAGUUUCAGGUUCUGCAAAACAAGGCUAGAAAUCUUUUCCUUUCAGAUGUCAUGGUGUUGAUCGUUAAGCUGAAAUAAGCAGGGCAUGGGACAUAUGUUUUUAUUGUCAGCAUACUUUAUAAAGUGAAUUCAAGUGCAUACUUUUCCCUUCUAUUUUAGAAAUAAAUUUGAUUUUUCAUCUUA